UCCCAUUUGUGAAAUGAGGAGUAAUUAUCACAUUAAAUUUAUCUGAGUGACUGGGAAAGAUCCAUUAACUUUCUACAUAAAAAGACACUUCUUGUGAGGCUCAUUUUCCUGGUAGGAAAUCUGUUGGAAAGGGCUGGGAGAGAUGAGCUACUGCCUGUAACUUGGUCUGAUGCUUUUGUGCACUCCCUUAAAAUUUCCAAGUUUUAUCCCCUAUCUUAUGCUCUUAGAAAUUAUUUCUUCUCCUAGUCUUUAUUUUAAUGUUAAAAUAUUUAUACUUUCUGUCUACAUGUACAUUGCAUUAUUAUAAAUAUAUUUUUAUCAGCAAGUCUGCUUUCAUUUUUAUUGAAUAACAGGCAAGAGCUGAUGAUGCCGUUACAUCAAAAGCUUUGCAGCAUUUUGGAUGCUCCUGAGGAGAUGCCUAUUGGUAAUCUAUAUUUAUGCAUUAAUAAAGAGCCUUGUUACUCUGAGUACCACAGAUGUGAGGAGUUUAAUUAGUUUGCUAUUAAAUAGGUAAAUACAUAAUUCUUUUAUAUAUUCAAGGCAAGACCAGAGAGCCACUUUUUACAAAACAAAAGGCUGAUAAUUUCAUUGAAUAAUUUCAUAUUCUACUCAAAAUCUCAGGAAGCUGGGGGGCUGCUCCCAGCCUAACAGCCUCUGGAAAAGCUGUUUCUCCAGACUAGUUUAUGUCAAAAAGAUCUUAUGUAAAUGAUAUAUUUAGCAAUAUAUGACACAGUGUUAGAUCCAUCCAGGGUUAGAUAAGUUGGGGUUCUUUUUCCUCAUAACAUUAAUAUUUAGAGGCUGACUCUUACAUACAUAUAUAUAAAAUUUAAAUAAAAUAUAGGAGAAACAUGAAACAAUGAAAAAACUUUAGGACUUACUGGUUCUUCCUCAACUUUGUUCUGAAUUAGCUCCUUGUUAAAAUAUUUAUCUUUAAAUCAGCCACACGAGAAAGAUUUUACAAAGUUUUUUAAAAUGAAUUGAAAUUCAAGAAUUGAAACUGUGACCCCACCAGAAACAGUUGCUGUCUGGUGAUUUAGGUGCUUUUUUUCUUUUUUUUUUUUUUUCUUUUUUGCAAACUUGAGUGUAUUUAUGAAGAGGAAAUCUGGAGAAGAAUAUCCAUUACUAAAUGCAAUUAAAGGGGAGGGGAAAAAACAACAACUUACUGCAAUUCUUGUAAAGAGCUUUGCUAAACCUCUGGGAAUAGAAGCCACUGAUGCUUCUGGUUCCAGAAUUGUUCUUAAUUAUCUUAUUGCUCUAUUCUCUGUUUUUCCAGUGAACUUCCCUUGGUUCUAAAAAUCAUCACAUUUUGCAGACAAAUGAAGUGGAGAAGCAAACUCUGAGGGCUUUGCAGUCCAGGCACCUUGGAGGAGGAAUAUCUGGCACCAAAUUCCUGUAGAUCAGUGGGUGUUCACUGAGACUGGACCAUUUCUCAGAAGAGAGGAUUUUUGUCAAUAUUUAGUGGUUCUAAGGAGACCAAGGACUUGAAAGCCUGCUGGCCCAUCAUGUCCUCCAUCCUUGGGAAGAUGAAGAAGUUUGGCAGUUUUGACAUGGAGGAAUCUGAAGUGACAGAUGAACACACAGAUGGGGAGGACUCUGUUCAGGAAGCCCCUGACAACACCCAGGGCCCACUGAGCUCCAGGGUGCACCCACCCAAAAGCAACAUUUUUGCAAGACGGGGCCGCUUUGUGAUGGGGGACAGCGACAAGGACAUGGCUCCCAUGGACUCCUUCUGCCAGAUGGAUCACCUGAUGGCACCUUCUGUCAUCAAAUUCCACGUGAAUUUGGAGAGGGGCAAACUUCACAAGCUCCUGUCUACAGAUUCCAUCACAGGCUGCUCAGAAAAAGCUUUCAGAUUUUAUGACCGCAGAAGGAUCUUUGAUGCUGUAGCCCAAGGCAACACAAAGGACCUCAGUGACCUGCUACUCUACCUUAACAGAACCUUCAAGCAUCUCACAGAUGAGGAGUUCAAAGAGCCUGAAACUGGCAAAACCUGUUUACUGAAAGCCAUGCUGAAUCUACAUGAUGGGAAAAAUGAUACCAUUCCCUUGCUGCUGGAUAUUGCAAGGAAAACUGGAACUCUGAAGGAGUUUGUUAAUGCAGAAUAUACUGACAACUACUACAAGGGCCAGACUGCUCUUCACAUUGCCAUCGAGAGGAGGAACAUGUACCUGGUGAAGCUCCUGGUCCAGAAUGGAGCAGAUGUUCAUGCCAGAGCCUGUGGGGAGUUCUUCAGGAAAAUCAAAGGGAAAUCUGGCUUUUAUUUUGGAGAGCUGCCUUUGUCCCUGGCUGCCUGCACCAACCAGCUCUGCAUUGUGAAAUUCCUCCUGGAGAAUCCCUACCAGGCAGCCAACAUUGCUGCUGAGGACUCCAUGGGCAACAUGGUCCUGCACACCCUAGUGGAGAUUGCAGAUAACACCAAGGAUAACACCAAGUUUGUGACCAAGAUGUACAAUAACAUAUUGAUCCUUGGUGCCAAAAUUAAUCCCAUCCUCAAGCUGGAAGAACUCACCAACAAGAAAGGGCUGACUCCUCUAACUCUGGCAGCCAAAACAGGGAAGAUAGGGAUUUUCGCUUACAUCCUCAGACGGGAGAUCAAAGACCCCGAGUGCAGACACUUGUCCAGGAAGUUCACUGAAUGGGCCUAUGGACCUGUCCACUCCUCUCUUUAUGACCUGUCCUGUAUAGACACCUGUGAGAAAAAUUCAGUGCUGGAGAUCCUUGCCUACAGCAGUGAGACACCAAACCGUCACGAGAUGCUGCUGGUGGAGCCCCUUAACAGGCUGCUGCAGGACAAGUGGGACCGCUUUGUCAAGCACUUGUUUUACUUCAACUUCUUUGUCUACACCAUGCACAUCACCAUCCUCACUGCAGCUGCUUACUACAGACCUGUACAGAAGAAUGAAAAGCCUCCCUUCACCUUUGGUUACAGCACUGGGGAAUAUUUUCGAGUAACUGGAGAGAUCCUGAGUGUACUGGGAGGCCUCUAUUUUUUUUUCAGAGGGAUCCAAUAUUUUGUGCAGAGGCGCCCAUCACUGAGGACACUGAUAGUUGAUGGCUACAGUGAGGUUCUUUUCUUUGUCCACUCCCUGCUCCUGCUGAGCUCUGUGGUGCUCUACUUCUGUGGCCAGGAGCUCUACGUGGCUUCCAUGGUGUUCUCCCUGGCCCUGGGCUGGGCCAACAUGCUCUACUACACGCGGGGCUUCCAGCAGAUGGGGAUUUACUCGGUCAUGAUCGCCAAGAUGAUCCUUAGGGAUUUAUGUCGCUUCAUGUUUGUCUAUCUUGUAUUCCUCUUGGGAUUUUCUACAGCUGUGGUGACUUUGAUUGAAGAUGACAACGAGGGGCAGGAAACAAAUAUCUCUGACUAUGCCAAGUGCUGCCACUUGAAACGGGGCCGCACCUCCUACAACAGCCUCUACUACACCUGCCUGGAGCUCUUCAAAUUCACCAUUGGCAUGGGGGACCUGGAGUUCACAGAGAAUUACAGAGAGCCAUCACAAUCCUGGACAUUGAGAACAGCUACUUGAACUGUCUGAGGCACUCGUUCCGCUCUGGGAAGCAAGUCCUGGUGGGGAUCACCCCUGAUGGCCAAGAUGAUUACAGAUGGU